GAGAGCGUGUAUGUGGGGGGUAAAGGGGGAUCUAGAGAAGAGGCUUUUAAAGGAUUUGACAAUGAUUUGUAGCAUCACAGUACUGAGCAAUGUUGUGCUUUUCAUUUGACUUUAAAUAUGAGUACAGGAGAGUCUAAAAAACUGGGUUUUCGCUACAUGUAGAACUUGAACCCAAACGAAAAAUGUUUGCAAGAGGCAUGUACAGUAAAAUUCAAGAUUCUUCAGUGCACCUUUAGAGGGGAGCGUGCGCGCGAUGUCUCGGAUGGAAGACGCUUUCCUGGCUCUUUCAAAACCAUUCGGCAGUUUCUAGUGUUAUAUAUUACGUGUCAGUCGAUUUGCAGUAGUAUUUAAUCUGCCUUCCGGGAUUUGACGUCUAAAUUGAGUGUAAGAACAAAUUUACGAAACGUCAAGAUGCGGUUUUCAGGUGCUUUGGGUAGAAGGUGAAGUCUUUAGCCGUUAGAUAAAAGUUUUUGAGUUUGUUGGUGAUGACCAUGACACGAUACUCACCAAAGUCGCUGCUACAUCAUUACUGUGGAAUAAUUUGGGCAUUUCAAUGGACCAGCUGUCAUUCCAUUGCUUUGCCCCAGCUUCUGUGGAUGUUGUGGAUGGGACUGAGCCCAGGGCUAUGGGCACACCAAGGUACCCAGCCCCACUCUAUCAAGAUAGAGGGUGACAUCACGCUGGGAGGGCUGUUCCCAGUCCAUGCCAGAGGGCCUGCAGGAGUUCCAUGUGGAGAGAUAAAGAAGGAGAAAGGAAUUCACCGGAUGGAGGCCAUGCUCUAUGCCGUGGAUCAGAUCAACAGUGACCCGGAUCUACUCCCCAACAUCACCCUGGGCGCACGUAUCCUUGAUACCUGCUCAAGGGACACUUAUGCUCUAGAACAGUCUCUCACCUUUGUUCAAGCGCUUAUUCAGAAGGACACCUCUGACAUACGCUGCUCCAAUGGUGAGCCACCCAUCAUCCGAAAGCCAGAGCGCGUGGUGGGUGUCAUCGGGGCAUCUGCCAGCUCCGUGUCCAUCAUGGUGGCCAACGUCUUGCGGCUCUUUGAGAUCCCACAGGUCAGUUAUGCCUCCACAGCCCCAGAGCUGAGCGACAACAACCGCUACGACUUCUUCUCGAGGGUAGUUCCACCCGAUUCAUACCAGGCUCAGGCUAUGGUGGACAUUGUCAAGGCGAUGGGCUGGAAUUAUGUGUCGACACUCGCUUCUGAAGGAAACUAUGGAGAAAGUGGAGUUGAUGCCUUCAUCCAAAUCUCCCGGGAGACAGGAGGCCUGUGUAUAGCACAGUCUAUGAAGAUUCCCCGCGAGCCCAAAUUUGGCGAGUUUGACAAGAUCAUUAAGCGAUUAAUGGAGACCUCCAACGCGCGUGGGGUCAUCAUCUUCGCCAAUGAGGAUGACAUAAAACGAGUGCUGGAGGCGGCAAAGAAGGCAAAUCUGACAGGGCACUUCCAGUUUGUGGGGUCUGAUAGCUGGGGAGCCAAGAGUUCCCCUAUAUUAGACCAGGAGGAGGUGGCUGAGGGUGCUGUCACUAUUCUGCCCAAAAGAGCCUCCAUCGACGGAUUUGAUCAGUAUUUCACAUCAAGAUCCCUGGAGAACAACCGCCGAAACAUUUGGUUUGCAGAAUUCUGGGAAGACGACUUCAGGUGCAAGCUGACGCGGCCGGGCAUCAAACUGGACAGUGAUAAGAAAAAAUGCACAGGGGAGGAGAGGAUCAGCCGCGACUCUCACUAUGAGCAGGAGGGGAAGGUGCAGUUCGUCAUCGACGCCGUCUACGCCAUGGCGCACGCCCUGCAUAACAUGCAUGUGGACCUCUGCCCCGGCCACACGGGCGUCUGUGACAAGAUGGACCCGGUGGAGGGACGCCUGCUGCUCAAAUAUAUUCGCUCAGUUAACUUUAAUGGCAGUGCGGGAACCGGCGUCCUUUUCAACGAGAACGGAGAUGCCCCUGGGCGCUACGACAUCUUCCAGUAUCAGCUGUCCAACACCACCAACCCAGGUUACAAGGUCAUUGGCCAGUGGACCAACAACCUGCGACUCAACGUGGAGGAGAUGCAGUGGUCGGGUGGGGACCAGCAGAUUCCAGACUCUGUGUGCAGCUUCCCCUGCAAGCCAGGCGAGAGGAAGAAGAUGGUGAAGGGCGUGCCAUGCUGUUGGCACUGCGAGCUGUGCGACGGCUACCAGUACCAGCUGGAUGAGUUCACGUGCGAGAGCUGCCCCUUCAACAUGCGGCCCACACAGAACCGCACCAGCUGCCGGCCCACGCCCAUCAUCAAGCUAGAGUGGCACUCACCCUGGGCCAUCAUCCCUGUCUUUCUGGCCAUCCUGGGCAUCUUAGCUACCUCCUUCGUGGUGGUCACCUUCAUCCGCUUUAACGACACGCCCAUCGUGCGCGCGUCUGGCCGCGAGCUCAGCUACGUGCUGCUGACGGGCAUCUUCCUCAUCUACUUCAUCACUUUCCUGAUGAUUGCCGAGCCAGACACAGCAGUGUGCGCCUUCCGGCGCCUUCUACUCGGCCUCGGCACAUGCAUCAGCUAUUCCGCCAUGCUCACCAAGACCAACCGCAUCUACCGCAUCUUUGAGCAGGGCAAGAAGUCCGUCACUCCGCCCAAGUUCAUCAGCCCCAGCUCCCAACUUGUCAUCACCUUUGUCCUCAUUUCUGUGCAAGUGGUGGGGGUGUUCAUCUGGUUGGCCGUGGUCCCCCCGCACACCAUCAUCGACUACGAAGAGCUACGGCCACCCAACCCGGAGCUGGCGCGGGGCAUCCUGAAGUGUGACAUGUCGGACCUGUCCCUCAUCUCCUGCCUCAGCUACAGCAUCAUACUGAUGGUGACGUGCACCGUCUACGCCGUGAAGAGCAGGGGCGUGCCCGAGACCUUCAACGAGGCCAAGCCCAUCGGCUUCACCAUGUACACCACCUGCAUCGUCUGGCUGGCCUUCGUGCCCAUCUUCUUCGGCACGGCGCAGUCCACGGAGAAGAUGUGCAUCCAGACGACGACGCUGACAGUCUCCAUGAGCCUGAGCGCCUCCGUGUCCCUGGGCAUGCUGUACAUGCCCAAGGUGUACGUCAUCAUCUUCCACCCAGAGCAGAACGUGCAGAAACGCAAGCGCAGCUUCAAGGCCGUGGCGCAGGCAGCCACAAUGUCCACGCGGCUCUCGCAGAAGUCCAGCGACAAACAGAACGGGGAGACCAAAAUGGAGCCGGACAGAUCACAGUAGGCCAUUGUCCCUGUUCUGCUUCCAUCACCUGCUGUUGGUCUCUUUGUAUCAACCUUCCCUUUUUCACUUGCUUGCUUUGUCAUCGGCCCACUGAAAGUCCCCAUAUGAAAGGCCCACCCACCUGUUCAGUGCUCACCCUAUUUCUUCUGGCAGCAGACAAAUUCCAGGCAGCUUAUCUCCACACUGCCUUACAAUUGGGUCUUUGGAACCAAUGGCAUAGGAGAGAGUUUGAUAUUGGGGGGACACAAUGAAUGAAGGUAUAUGUCCUCUCCCACCUCCCUCAGCUCCUACGCCCUAUUUGAUACAAAACAUUGUUAAGCUACCUAGAAUCUCUAAAUAAUGAUGAUUACUGAUAUGAUUAUCACCUCUAAACAGACACUAUGACUUGCAAGAAACUAAGAUAAAUGUAAAUUAUGACAGACAGAAAAUUACUAGAAGGUAGUGUAAAAGUACUGAUUCAGCAAGUAAUACUUAAAUUUUUACUUUCUUUAAUGAAUAAAAUAUAAUUUAAAUUCAAAUGCAUCUUUAUUAAAAUAUUUAUUGAAAUCUUUAUUUCUUUUGUGUAAUGAAUAAAUUUAUCAGUAACAUUUUAGUUUAAGGUUUGCUCUUUCAGCUACUAAUCAUUUGAUUAUACUGUAUAUUAGUAAAUAAAGAUUCCCUUACAAUCAAUUUUUAAAAAUAUAUUACACAGAUAUCUUACUCUUGUUUAAUAAAGUAUUUACUAAAUAUCUUGUAAAUGCUCAAUUAUGACUCAUUUCUGGGUAUGCAUACUGGCCCGUUGUUUUAUAUUUGCAUGUGAUUUGCAAACUGUUUUGUAAAUAACAGGAGUAAUAUAUGAUUGUGUUACAUUUAUUCAUAAUCUUUUGUCUGAAAUGACUUGACGUUUUGAGAAGGGCUAUAAUAAACAAAAAUGCACUUCCUAGUAUUUGAACCUACGACUUUUGUGUUAUCAGCACAAUGCUUUAUUUAAUGCUACAGGAUGUAUUUAGGAAUGAGUUUUAUCUAUUAAAAAGUUAUCAGAUGAUUUGUAGCAGUUUAUCAGUCAUUAACUCUUGAAGGUAAAAUGAAACUCUGUUUGUAAGGUAUGGUCAACAAACUCUUGUAAUUAAAUUGUUACAUCAUGUCAAAUUUUGCCCUCUACAGCAUAUUUAGCUAAUAUUCUGAUGAAGAGGGUGGAUGGGGCCAGGGGGUGGCGCUGUUGCCUCCCAGUCCAUGUGUGGUGUUUUCAUGUCCUCCCUCUGCUGUGCAUGCUUCCUCUGGGUCCCAUUCCUUCCAGCAGUUCUGUUGCUUGGGCCCAGUGGCUUGGCAUCCCAUCUGGGGAGUAUAUCCGCCUUGAGCCGUACGCUGCCUGGGAUAUGCUCCAGGCAACUCUGUCCAGGAAAGGCAAUUGGAGGUGGAUGAAUGAAUAAUCUUGAUGAAAUGUAUUUCAGUUUUUUCCAUGAAGUUCCAGAGGACUUCCCAUUCAAUGUGUACUGCAUACGGCGAUUCCUUUGUGAAUGAGCUCAUCUGUUUCAGUGGAUCCCAUUGUCAUAGUUUCCUUGAAAUGCUUUUGUGUUCAGCCCAUUCUGUCACCUUUAUUCUCAAACGCGUCUUUCACCUUUUUUCUCUCAUUCGGUGUUGAGUAUUACAGCCUAAUUAGAUGCUGGUUGACCUUCACAUUGAAGGUUGUCCUUGAAAAAAAGAAACACAUAAUUGUUGUUUCAGUCAGAGGGACGCUUUUUCCUUGCAUUUGUAGAUUUGUUUAACAUUGAUUCCUAUUUUCUGCGGAAAUAUAUAGCACUACAUUUUAGAGAGUAACCAUGAAAAAACAAAGGAGACUUUAUCAGAGGAAGCUGUAAUACUAAUUACAUGUAAACGGACCAUCCACUAUGAAAUUACAUAACCUAAAAACAUUCAAUCUCAUCUAAUGAUGUGUGUUGCCUCCUUCUUAUUGAAUGAUUUAGCGAUUUGUCUGUGUAACAUCUAUACCCACCAGAUGAUCAAAUCCAUCAGCGUAUUUAACUAAUGCACUGGUGAUACCACACAUUUAUUUUGACUGUCCAAUGCAGGAGGUUAUAUUGGGACAAAAUUAAAUAACAUUAAUACUACCAGGUUUAAUUCACUGUUGUUUGGUCUGCAUCAAUUUCUUAAGGGAGCACUACAGAAAAUGAUUUAUAUGCGCAUGAUAUUAGUCAAAAUGAAUAGCAAGACAUAAAACUUGAGAAAAUAUUCUGUCCUGUACAGCGAGGUUAGAUUGUCCUUCAUGCACAACUGAAUACAGUACAGAUUUACUAAACCAGUGUAAUUAUAAUACUGUUCUAAAAUAACUGGAUUACUGAUUUCAUUCAAUUGUUUUGAAUGAAUUCACUUGUAACCCAUUAAUAUUGGACCCUAAAGGCUCUUGUCAUUGAUGUAUUGUCUUUUUCGUCUACAGCUGGUACAACUUAUUUCACAAAAAUCUGUGUUCACUUGCAUUUCAGUAAGUUAUUUGAACAUGGUUCAUUACAGCAGGGUGCAAUGAUCCCAUAAAAGGCACAUUGUAACUGUGUCAUGCCUUAUGAGGGAUGAAAGUAUUUCAGAGUUAAUACGCUGCUUUCAAAGCUUUGUGUUGUGACUUACAUCAUUUCCAGUCUGAUUACCUCACAAACCAAAGUACCAAAGUUUUUUUUAUUACACAUUUAAUAAAAAUAUUAAUUCAGAGGUUUUACUUGUAUUUAGCAUGUAUAGUACAUAUCAACACUUGUUUUUAUUGCACUUGUAUUAAAAAGGUACUCUUCCCUUUAGGCGUUGUCAGAAACUGUGUGGAACACUGUGAAAUAUCAUUUCAAAAUAAUUAUUUUUAAUUCUCUUUUUAAUUGUAGAUAAUGUGCCACAACAACAGAUCCAGGAAAUGGUUUCUCUCUGGAGACAUCAUGGAACAGUAAUUACUGAGCAGAAAAAAAUUCCCAUGAAAUAACAAUAAUUGAUACAAUUACUGGGAUUUUAAUAAUCACAUUUGACUUGACACAAAAAUAAUAAUUAAAAAACCUGGAAUACUGAAAUGGAAAGUUAUGGUUCGUAACUGUAUUUGGCUGGUAAGGUAUGUAUUUUGACAGUAUUGCAGGUAAAAUGCGGUUCAAAGCCAGACAAAGUCAACCUAUCAGUCUCUAAAAAAUGUACUGACAAAUAGUUGUGCUUACUCCCUUUUGAUGUUCAGUUUUUCUUAGUUGGUUAGUAUGUGCAGCUGAUUUGUCAGCCAUGUAUAAGAAAGUUUUCCCUUAGCGAGGCUAAUGGGUAAGUGCUCCAAACAACAAUGUAGCUUAGCAUCGGGACUGCCGUUUGUGUACUUGGUUGGCUGUCAUCUGAGCAUGGACUGUGUGUUUGUUUGUCUGUGUGUCUGUAACUGUUUUUAUAUAUAAGAAGGCAUGGCAAUUUGUAUGUGCUCAUGUAAUGUGUUGAAUUUACAAAAAACUGUAAGAUUGGAGAGCUGGGUGAUACAGAUCAACCAACAAGUAACUCAAUAUUAAAUCUCAAAAAAGGGGUGUAACAUUUACUAAUGGAUGUAGGUAUUGUUUAAUGUUCUUAAUGUUUUUGAUUAAAAUGUAACUAUUAAUACUGAAUUUGACUUUAGGUGAAAACAUUUUUAAUGGUGUGCGUAAACUAUUUUUUAUAUCAAGACUAUGAAUAGAGGACUGUGUGACCCCUACAAUGCAGGGAUGUUUCCAGAGAAGGAGUCCAUGGGUCCACCACAUUUCAGAUGUCUGAAUGAACGUCAUUAAGGAGUGAAAGGUAGCUAAGGAGCUACUGAGAGUGGAGCUGAAGGUGUUGUACCUGAAGGAGGCUUUACAGAAGUCUGACGGCCCAUAGAAACCCCCAGCACAAACAGCAUUAGCUACAGCACUAAUGAUGAAGCAACAGCAAAUAUGUAUGUGCCCAGGAAUGUGGGCAGUAAUAAGCAUCUUUAUGCUUAUUCCCUAUGAAAAUUGGAAUAUAUGUCUUCACUGUGUCUACAACUGCAACUUUACCUUAUUUUUAUUUGUUAUAUGAGAUUUUUUUUGUGUGACACGGAAAAGAAAAAUGUGCACUUUGACACCAGGAGCACAAGCUUUCAUUGUUGUAGCAACACGUCUUUCAAUUUGCUGCCCCUGUACAGGUGAUCUGCAUGUUGUCGAAAGAGAAGAGAUAUCAAUACCUAUAUGUGAACAAUAGAAUAGGUAAAUUCUAAUAAAUGUGUUUUUAAAGAAUUUGUGAAAGAAUCUGCAGGAUGGGAAGACAAUUCUGAUAUAUGUAUGGUGCAAACUCAUGGGAAACAGACUAAAUAAUAAACAUAGCUAGACUCUAUUACGUGAUGCUUUACAUUAACUGCAUCUUCAUAAAGCAUUUGUUAUGCAUUCAUAGAACAUCUAAUGCACCUUCAUAACGCUUUAAUUAUAUACUCAUAAUGAUUCAACAUUCAUGAUUCUUUAUUUGACACAUACACAGUGAUACAAGUACAAGGUGUGGUGAAAUGUACCUUGAUUCAGUCCUGAGGCUGUGCAAUAAGGUUUCGCAAAUUAAAGAUAAAUAUAAAAAGUGUAAGACUAAGGGUAAUGAAAAUAUAUGCAAAAAAUAUAUAUCUGAAUAACAAUUACAGGCAAUUUCUGUACAAUGUGCAACAUUACAAUUAUAGGCCGUAUAUGCACAAUGUGCAAAAUAAUAGAAUAGAUUAUGGAUAUUUUUGUUGUAAAGUGCAGUGUGCUAGCUGCUAUUGAUGAAAAUGGACCUUCUGUGGUGGCAUGUCCUGAUUUAGGAGUCUUACAGCCUGAGGGUAGAAGCUCUUCCUGAGCCUCUCUGAUUUUUCCAUAAUAGUCCUGAAGCAUUUGCCUGACCUCAGUAGAUCAAACAGGCAGUUACUGGGGUGAGAUGGGUCUUUGACAGUCCUGGGUGCUCUGGUACAGCAUCAUUCAUAAGUAGCAAGUGUAAGUGUAAGAGUAAGUAUACCUUAACAUCCUAAUCUAUUGUAACAGGCUUAAUUCAUAUUAGUAUCAAACAUUAUAUGAUAAUAGCAAAUAUUAUAUUUGGAUAAUCAGAAUGAUUGUUAUUAAUGUAUAUUAAAGCUGGUAAAGUUUGUUUUGUGGUAUAUUUAAAGAUUUUAAGGUAUAUUUACAUGCUACUUAAUGCAUAAAUAAUAAAUAAAUGCAUUAUGAAGGUGCACAAAAUGUAUCAAUGUAUAAUGUAUAAUGAAGGUGCUCUGAAUGUUCUACAAAUACAUUAUAAAGGCAUUAUGAAUGUGCAGUUAAUGUAAAGGGUUACCCUUUAUUCGGACCAUUGGAGUCUGUACUUUGUCUUCAUUUACAUUGACUAUAAGUCCAAUCAAUGUGCCAGUUUGACUACCAUGUAAAUAGGUGCAUCCCUUCCUCCUCGUUCUCUCCAUUGUGUGGCUCUAACGAAUUACUUGUUACACACCUGUUACUUGUUUAAUCUCGCCUCUUGUUGCAGCCCUUGUGUGGAUCACCCCAGCUGCCUCUCGUCUGCUCCCUCGUCAGUGUAUAUAAUGCCUCUCUGUUUCAAGCUCCCCUGUCCAGUCAUUGAUGUAGCUGCCUGCAUGUGUUCCCUCGUCUGCCCUGUGCUCUAUGCUCUUGCCUGAUCCUUCAUACCCUGUUUUGACCCCCCGUGGUCUGUUUCCUUUUGCCCUGCCUGUUAUUUCAUUUAAUAAAGCCCCCCUUUGGUUUUUCCCAUGCCUGCCUUUACCUCUGUACUUGCCCGUGACAUGACAAUAGGAGAGGAUACUUUGGGGAGAGGUCUUUAUGGUGAAAUGCGUUCCAAUGCUGAAAACGCCACAGAACCAUCUUCAAGGGGUGAACAAAACUGUGACAUAAAAGUGAAAGUUUAAACAAGAAAUUAAAACAAGAACUGGGAUAAAAAAAAAACAUUAAUCUUGUGUGAUUAAUCAAUUACAAAUGUGUGUACUGUCAAAUUCUGCAAUAAUGUGUAAUAAAUGGUUUCCAUUUAGAAAAAAUA